AACUCGGCGCCACCUUGUUCGACCGAAUACACCUGAGCGGGGGCCGCGUCUCUCGAGAAAAAAACUUACCGUGCGCGCCAUGGAGAAGAAUGGACUCUUCUCGGAAAGCAACUCCUGUAACUCUACCAAAACGCGCGUGGUGAAUGAGACAACACCGCUAAAACUUGAUCCCCAGCUCUUGGAUAACAAUCCAUACGAAGGGGGUGACCUCAACCGGAAAUGUGUACUCACGCUGAGCAUCGUAUCUGUCGUUUUCAACAUCGUCGUAGGAGGCACAGGGUUCGUGUUUGCGUUCCAAAGAAACAGUGCUUCGAUAUACGCAUUCGCGGCCGAGUGCCUUCUGGACAUGCUGUCUUCGAUAAUUGUGAUAUGGCAGUACUUAACGCCACAUUACUCGUUUGCAAGAGAACGUCUAGCCUGCAUGCUUCUGGGACUGUUCUUUAUACUCUCUGCAGUAGCCAUUAUCAGCAAAGCCAUGGACGACCUAAUCGUGCGGGAAAGCCCCACAUGGAUACCCGUCCUCAUUAUCCUAGCAGGAGUUGGCGCAGCAGCCUGCUUUCUCUUGGCGGUUAUCAAAUUCAUCCUGGCUAGGCGAUUAGGAAGUUUGUCCUUAAUCCUCGACGGGAUAAACUCCUUAAUUAGCAGCUUUUGUGCCGUGGCCAUAAUUGUGAGCGACCUGGUGUACGACUCCAACCCCGAGGUCUGGUACAUGGACGCCGUGCUUAGCACUGUUGCUGCGCUCAUCAUGCUCCUCGUCGGGGCCAAGGUGCUGUUUGAAAACUUAUCGAUAGGACGUCCCGGCCACAUGACACUUCAGUGAAACACGGGGACCUCGAGACAACGUAUUUCCGUUUGGAAUUGGGACGAUUGCUCCCCUUAGUCCCGUUCUCUGUCCACACACUGUGAAGCAGCGCGGCUGUUGCGUGCAAGUAUUUUUUCUCCUGGCGUCCACAGCAGGCUACAAGCUGCCAGGUGACUCUGCACGUUCUCUGCUGGACAGACGGCGAUGCUCCCAAGUUGACCUGUGUACCGCAAUGUUCUCACAGUGGUGCGGUGGUACACCACCUUAUUUAAGCUGAACAGAGCAAACGAAGUGAGUUUAAACUCUCCGUGUGCAGCUUGUUAAGCCGCACGGGCAGCUGUGUAUCCGAGGGCUACGAGAAACUUGGUUUCUCAUGCGAAGAUCUUUUCUUUAAAGAGAAGUGUCGUACGUAUGGCAGUAUGCUUGGUCGAGUGGUUGAUUGAACAUUAGUGAGAGCGAGAGACGCUCACUCGCGCAUUUCUUCUGUAAGGAGCGGUCCUACCAUAAACUUAAACGAGGCAAGGGAAAGGGUGGUCAAUUAUACGUUAACGCACACCACCGCGUUCAUUGGAGCCACUUCGUAGCUUGCACGAGCCGCUGGUCACGCUUUGCACUUGUGGUUAGCGUCACGCGCGGCUACGUGGCAGUGACGAAGUUGACUAGGUUGUGUCAGUCGCAGCUAUGCCAUUAUAACACGAUGUAAGACCUUGAUUUAGAAGCCAGAGGCGCACCGUCUAAGUACUUCAGAGUGCUGAGAGCGUUUCAGCCUGGAUCGAUUCUUUCGAGUCUUUCACAACCGAUCAGUGUUACGUGCUUUGCGGCCAUCUGGAAGGGCUUCGGUGCCGGCUGUAGGCAUUCCAAUGUUAUGGGAACCGCCAAAUGAACGCGCUCGAGGAUCCCAUUGUUAUAGUUUAAACAUUGCUAUCAGUGAGAAAAUAUAUAUAUAAUUGCAUGCAUAACAAGUUUUUAUUGUUUUAUUCUGUGUGAAUUGUCAUCGUGUAAACAAUGUUUAAAAAUUACAUUAUAACAUUGACAUGUAGUGCAAUUCGCCCACUUGUGAACCAUGCUACAAGCAUAUUUAUUUCUCGUUCGUUUGUUGUUUUUUCUUAAUACGUCUGCUGUGAACACAAUAAAAAUAUCAUCCAAGCUUA